UUGCAACUAGACGGAUCGAUUCCAUUUGACAGAUCGAAAAAUUUAUUUGUUUAGUAAACAAAUAGACCAUUUAAUUUUUCCACUUUAUUUAUUUUACUAUUCGACGAUAAGAUUGUAUUGAAAAUCAGUGCAUUUGACAGUGGCCACAUUAAAAAUGACGACCUAUUGUCGUUUGUGCGCUGAAAUGAAAACGGAAGAUGAACUGAACACCACAAUCAGUGAUUGCAAAUUGAAUAUAAAAGAAAAACUAGUCGUUUGUUGCCAGUGGAAUAAUUACAUAAACAAUGGCCAUUUGCCCGAAGUCGUUUGCUAUUCAUGCACCGAAAAAUUGGAGAAAUCAUGGCUUUUCAGCGAAUGCGUGGCUUUUGCUCAGAUAAAACUGCAGGAAAUCUUCAAUGAUACGGAAUUGGUAGCGGUAAAAUGUGAAUUGAAUGCCAACGAUGAAGAUGAACUGCCGCUAUGUGAUACACAGGAAGAUAUUUUUGUCGAAUCGAUUACAUUACCAGAGCCAACAAAUGAUGAAGAGAAAUUUUUGAUUGGAUCAACCAUCGACACAUUGGACGAGGCCAAGUUACGUCAAAACCAUGAAUGUGAUGUGUGUCAGAAAAGUUUUACCACUGCUUAUAACUUGACGGUUCAUAAGAGAAUCCAUACGAAUGAGCGCCCUUAUUGCUGUUUAAAAUGUGGAAAGUACUUUAAGAGUUCGUCGAAUUUAAAUCAACAUCUACGGCAGGUGCAUGGAAGGGACAGGUCAAGCGAACACGAAGAUGAACAAGAGGAUCUAACAGAGUCCAAUUUAGAUGUGAAAGAAGACGCUGAGCAGCUGGCAUCAUCGAAUUCAACAGAGUUUCAAUAUGCAUGCAACGAAUGUGGCCGACGUUUUCGCUUGAAAUGCACGCUAACGGCCCAUCGAACUAUCCACUCGAGUGCGAGACCGUUUGAAUGCUUCAUGUGUCAUAGAUCAUUCAAACGAAGAAAAUUGCUUAAGGCUCACAUGAGAAUCCACACGCAUUAUCCCACAAUCGAGUGUCAUAUAUGCAAUAAACGCUUCAGGCGAAACAUUCAACGUGAUAAUCAUAUAAAAGAAAGGCAUGGAGCUCCUCUUCCGAAACGUGAGAAGAAGCCACCGCUUCCACCAAAAGCACCUGUUCGAAAGUUCACUUGUGAAUUGUGCGGCAUGAGUUUCACGCAACGAGGUGGUCUUUUCACUCAUAUGACUGUACAUUCGGAUCAUCGGCCGCAUAAGUGCGAUGUUUGCGGAUUAGGGUUCAAACGUAAGCGAACGAUGCAGGACCAUCGCAAAACCCACACCGAUGAACUGGAACACAAGUGUACACAAUGUGAAAAGGCUUUCCGAAAGAAAAUCAGCUUGCGCCGACAUUUGGAGUAUCACACAGGGGAAAUUGUGAAACCCUUCAUUUGUGACUUUUGUGGCAAAAGCUUUCGACUGAAUGCGAAUCUAGUGGAACACAGAAGAAUUCAUACUGGUGAAAAGCCUUACUUCUGCGAACACUGUGCAUCGAAUUUCCGAACAAUGUCAAGUUUUUACAGUCAUUUAAAGAAAGAGCACGGAAUUUCUGUACUCGCACGAAAACUCGAAGAGCAAGCUAGGGCUACGGCCAUUCAACUGUCAUUGGAAACGUCAACAAAGAGCAGUAAUAUAAUACCAGCGUCCAAAUGUACAAUUUUCCCGUCGAUUGAUUGUAAAAUCGAAGGUAAAAUGUCGAUUUUUUGCCGUUUAUGUGCGGAGACAAAAGAUCCAUCCGAAAUUGUCACAUCGAUUAAUGAUCCCGGACGAUUGGUGGAACAAAAAUUGAUUGCCUGCUGUCAAUGGAAUCCGCAGAACACUGACUUCGAGCUACCACAAGAUGUUUGUGAAUUUUGCUACUAUAAGCUGGAGAAUAGUUGGUCGUUUUUACAAAGUGUGCACAAGGCACAGCGCAAAAUACAAAAUCAUUUUGACAAGGAAGUAGAAUCCACAACAAAAGCAACAAACAAGGCUUCAAAGACAAGAUUCGGAUGUUUUGAGUGCAACAGUACUUUUUCGUCGAGGCUUGCAUUGGAAAAACAUGAAUGCGAAUCGGUAGACCAAAAUUUGAAAUGCAACAUUUGUCUAAAAACAUUCAAAACGAUUGACGGCUUCCGUGGCCAUUGCCGAAAACAAGGCAAAUACAAGUGCGAUUUGUGUUUACAAUUGUUCUGCACAAGUAAGGCGCUGGAGAGACACAAAGAAGACAGUUGUGAAAAUUUAAUUGGGAGCAUAGAGGUGGUGGAGGCCAAACCCACCUUUAUCGAUUGCAAUUCCGAAGUUGAACUGAAUGGAGACAAAGAACCACCAGAACCAGAGCAAAUAAACCAAGAACCAAAACCCGAAGUAGACCCAGAAAUGGAGAUAGAGGUGAAAGCGGUCGCUUUUGAUAUGGCUCCCAUACGAAUUCACCUUGAUUUGAAUGAAGACGACAGCUCAGAUCUUAGAAUACGAAACAGUUUCCCAAAAGAUGACACAAAUCGCGAAUAUUAUUGUUACUUGUGCUUGAGAAGAUUCAAAAAGUUUCCAAUACUAAGGUAUCAUAUGGCCGUACACACAUUGCCGCGUAAAUACAAGUGUCAGUAUUGCAAUUCACGCUUCCGUACUGAACGCCACUACACUUCUCAUCAACAGAAACACGUUGAUUACUUCUGCGAUGUAUGCCAAAAGAAAUUCGCAAGUGCUUUUGCUCUGAAAGUCCAUAAACGGAUGCACACCGGAGCUAGUGUGAAAAUGUAUGGUUGCGAAGAAUGUGACCACUUCUUUGUUGAUGUGUCCACUUAUUAUAAUCAUAUGAGACGACGACAUGGACUCGAUACGAAAGAAGCCAAGAAGAAAGCUAAACUCGUUGAACCAAAUGGAACUGCCAAGCCCUAUGUUUGUGAACAAUGUGGAAAAGAUUUCAAAGAAAGAAGCUCAUUGAAAGCUCAUUUAUUGGUACACUUGGACGUACGACCAUUCCAGUGCGAAGUUUGUUUCAAAGCGUUCAAAAAUAAGUACAACUUAAAGACGCAUCAGGAAACGCAUAGCGGCGAAAAAACGGUGCAGUGUACGGAAUGUGGGAAGAGAUAUAGCCGAAAGAGUAUUUUGCUGAAACACAUGGAAGAGCACACUGGUGUCUUCACACGCACCUUCCCAUGCGAUUUUUGCGAUCGAACUUUCCGUUCUUUAUACAAUAUGCAAAAUCAUCGUCGAACUCAUACAGGCGAAAAACCAUAUCGAUGUGAUGUUUGCAAUCAUGAUGUGACAACCAAAUCGCAGCUCGACCGUCACCUGAAAACCAUUUCCCACAUUAACAAAUUAAAUGAAUCCAUGGUCAUGGACGAAAGACAGAAUUACAUGCAAUAAAAAUUGAAAAAUAAAUAAAUCGUCAAAUCAAAGUU